UAAACCCAAAUAGUUUUUUUGUAUGUUUCAUUUUUAAUUUCAGUUUUCAGAUUUUGGUAGUUGAGAUUUCUACGCUGUCUACAAUGGUGGAGUUGGAUGAGAGCAAGUUUGAUGUGGAACUGAAGUUGUGGGCGCUUCGAAUUCCACGGGAGUAUUGCAAUGUUGCCACACGGAUACUCAAUGGAUAUUUGCUUGACAAGCCGCGCAUCAAGCCUAUUGUGGAAGAUCCUGCUUCUGAAAAAAACCGGAUGUUGGUUUUAUCUGAAAAAAUCCAAAAUUCAGAUUUAUCAGAAGUUCCAGCUCAGAAGCUUGCAGAUUUGAAAGGCCUUUGUGAGUUCGACAUUGUUCCAUAUUCCCUUACACUCGGGUAUUCUUAUUGGAGUUCAGACCAUAUACUAAAACAGAUUCUUCCUCCUGGACUUGAAGUUCCAUCAUCCUUCGAGACAAUAGGCCAUAUUGCUCAUUUGAACAUAACUGAUGAACUUCUUCCAUAUAAAGAUGUCAUUGCAAAAGUUAUCUAUGAUAAAAAUUACCCAAGACUCCAGACAAUUGUGAAUAAAAUUGGAAGUAUUACAAAUGAAUUUCGAGUACCAAGCUUUGAAAUACUGGCUGGAAAAGAUGAUUUGGUCACAGAGUUGAAGCAAUAUGGGGCAACUUUCAAGCUCGAUUAUGGCUUGGUCUAUUGGAAUUCAAGAUUGGAACAUGAGCACCUAAGGUUGGUCUCACAGUUCAGGGCUGGAGAGACCAUAUGUGACAUGUUUGCUGGUAUUGGUCCCUUUGCUAUUCCAGCAGCACAAAAAGGUUGCAGAGUGUAUGCAAAUGAUUUAAACCCAGAUAGUGCACGAUAUCUAAAAAUUAAUGCUGCAAUCAACAAGGUUGAUGAUCUACUUUUUGUUUAUAAUAUGGACGCACGUAAAUUUAUAUAUCAACUGAUGGCUGUGCCUUCUAGUGAAGGCAAUUUGGAAUCUAACAUUACACUGAAAUCAUGUGGGCCGUGCAAUGAAUUUGCAAGUGGAGUAACAACGUUUGAAGAGGGAACCCAAUCAGACAUGGGAAAAGAUAUAUCUGGCCAAAGGUUAAGAAAUAUCAGCAAUGUUGAAGAUUUAUCUAUUCGGGAGGAUGCAAAUGCCAAUACAACUAAAAGAUGUUCUGAAAUGUCUGAAGAAGGGAACAAAACAGCUGACCAUGCUAGUGUUCCUGUAACUGGCAAGAAAAGAAAAGGAUUAAAUAAGAGCACAAGGAGCUCCAAGUCAUUUGACACAAACCCCUAUGAGCAUGUAGAUCAUGUGAUCAUGAACUUACCGGCAUCUGCCCUGCAAUUUCUUGAUGCCUUUAGAGGGCUUGUAAAUAUGAGAGACUGGAAGGGAUCAUUACCUUGGAUUCACUGCUAUUGCUUUAUGCGUUCAACUGAGACAAUGGAAGAUAUAAUAUCGAAAGCAGUGUCUGCCUUAAAUGCGAAUAUACGAGAUCCAAUAUUUCACAAGGUUAGAGAUGUUGCUCCAAACAAGGCAAUGUAUUGCCUAAGCUUUAAAUUACCUGAGGAAACUUGUAAAAUUCAUCAAGACUGUCAAUAAUACUCCUCAAUCAUAGGGGAGAGAAUCUUAAAGCAUCUUUGAAAUCAUGGCUGGAAGAAUUACUCCAUUAUUAGCACUUCUACUGUUCCCUAAUCUCCGAGUCUUGGAAGCCACCACAGAUUUUCGUUCCGAAAGAAAUGAUAGACGAUGGUCGAGGAAUUAACAGACAAGGGAUGUCUGAGGGAAUAAUCUGCACUCAUGGGAUGUCUGAAGGAAUCAUCGGCACGCAAGGUAUGUCUUAGGAAUUCAUCGGCUGCCAUCAGGUGUGUUGUUGGACAGAUAAUGAAAGUUGCAAAGAUUUGUAUUCCUCAGAGAUUUGUAUUGUCUUUGUGCUUUAUGUGUUUGAGUCUGCAUGUACUUCAAUAUAUUCACAAUCAAUAUUAGAUGGGAAAAUGCAUUUUUGGGCCUACAAUAUUACUGAAUGGCUAAUUCAAUUUUAUAAAUUACAGGAAA